AUGCGCGCAGCCGAUAGGUGCGCACCUGCGGACUCCGUGCCGGCCUGGGAGGUUGGAGGCCUCAUUGACUUUGGCGACGCCAAGGUGGGUCACCGCAUCUACGACUUCGUUGCGCUGCACGUCCUGGUAUUCCGCUGCGACAAGCCCCUUCUGCGCCGCUUCUUCCUGGCCUACGGCGCAACCAACUUGCCAUCGCACGGGUUCGCCUACACCGCGAUGUGUCUCUCCCUGCUGCACGAGCAUGACAUCAUCGGCGCCAUUGCCCGGAUUGUACCCGACUUCACCCCCAGCCUUCACCAGCUUGCUACCUUGCUAUGGGAGUACGAGACCACCUAA